UUGUGUCACAUUGAUGUGUAGGCACCAUGAAAGGAACCGUACAUAUUUUUGCUAUUUUCUUGUCACUUUUUUGUUUCGGUUUAUGUUCCUGGAGCCGAAACCAGAUAACUUUCACGAAUGGUGGAUACAACAACGUACUUAUCGCUAUAAAUAAAGACAUACCAGAAAACCAGCAGCUUGUUGAUACCAUCAAAGAAAUAUUCACUAGUGCUUCUGAGAAAUUACUCAAUGCAACAAAUAAAAGAGCAUAUUGGAGGAGUAUUUCCAUUCUUGUUCCAAAAUCAUGGCAACAUAAACCGGAAUACGAAGCAGUCACUUCAGAAAGUUUCGACAGGGCAAAUGUUGUCAUCGACUUCGAAAAUCCCAGAUGGGGAGACAACCCGUACACAAAACAACUUGGAGGAUGUGGAGAGCCAGGAGAAUAUAUUCAUUUGACACCAAAUUACAUACUGGAGAAAUCCAUGAGUGAAUAUAUUUGGGGUCCUAUGGAUAAACUUCUAUUACACGAAUGGGGUCAUCUGAGAUGGGGGCUUUUUGACGAGUAUACCACAAGCGAUCCCGGAUCAGCACCAUUCUAUGCUACUUCCAGUAAUACAGUGGAGGCAACACGAUGUUCACUUGCUAUAACAGGUCAAUACGUUAAUAUAUUCACACUAAGGGAUUGUUACCUUGACCCGGACACCGGUAUCUACCAACCAGAAUGCGUCUUUUUUCCAGACGUAAAUGGUCAGACGACUAAGGCAUCUAUUAUGUAUGGGCAAUUUAUAGAUUCGGUUUAUACAUACUGUCACAGUGAUUCUAGUGAUCCACUGGGUUAUCACAACGUCGAAGCGCCACAUAAACACAACAUAAUGUGUAGUAGCAAAAGUUCAUGGGACGUAAUGUUAGAAUCAGAUGAUUUUAAGAAUAACGCCAAUCCACCCAUAGAAGGAAAGGUUGAUACCAAGCCAAUUUUUCGUAUCAUUCAAGCCAGAGAAAGAAGAGUUGUUUUAGUGCUGGAUACCUCUGAUAGUAUGAGGGGUGAACGACUAGAGAAAUUACUUCAAUCAGCUACACAAUACCUACGUUAUACCAUUGACGAAGGUAGCUAUGUUGGCAUUGUUGAAUUCAACAUAGCCGCCUAUGUAGUGUCUGAAUUGGUUUACAUUUCUGAUAACAACACUUCACGUGAGGUGUUGGUGGCAGCAUUGCCUGUGGAUACUGAGAGAGAAACAUGUAUCGGGUGCGGAAUUUUGGACGGAAUUGAAGUUCUUUCGCGAAACGGCGACGACCCAGCUGGAGGAUAUCUUCUGGUCAUUAGUGAUGGAAAAAAUACACAACCUCCCGGAAUUAAGAACGUCAUAGAUGAAGUCAAUAACGCCGGAGUCAUCAUAGACACUAUUGCUUUCACUAACAAAGCUGACACUGAAUUAACCACCUUAAGUGAAGAGACAGGCGGAAUCGCUUUCUUUUUUGCCGGCGACUCAGAUAUCUCUGUUCUUAAUAAUGCAUUUACCGCUACCGUCACCACAAGGCCAGAUGUUAGUACACAAUCACUUCCAAUAACGCUGUACAGUGAUUCUUUAAAAGUUCCAGUUGGUGCGAAUAUCAGUGAUUCUGUAUUCAUUGAUUCGACCGUAGGUCUUGAAACCGUGUUCACAUUUUCCUGGAUCGGUACUUUAAUUCAGUUGUGGCUUGAAUCACCGGAUGGAAACUUUGUUGAUCAAAAUCAAUACAUUGUCGAUAAGGAUACGAACAUCAUUACAAUUAAAAUAAAUGACACGGCAAUGACUGGAUACUGGGUUUUUACAGUUGCUAAUGUCAACAAGAAGUCACCGUCACAGGUUGCCACUGUAACCGUAACAUCAAAACAGUCCUCUAAGGAGGAUCCAAUUGAGGUACUAGCACUAGUCAGUGACCCUUCAAUUAACUAUUCGACGGAACCGGUAGUAGCCAUCUAUGCAAUUGUCACCAAAGGCUACCUACCUGUAAUCAAUGCACAGGUGUUUGCAGUCGUUCAAAGUCCUGAUGCUAUUGAAGAAGUUCCACUUUUUGACAACGGAGCAGAACCAGAUAUAACAGAGGACGACGGCGUAUAUUCCGGCUAUUAUUUAGGAUUUUCAAAUAAUGGUCGAUAUAGUGUUGCAAUAAAAGUGAACAACUCAGCCCAAAUGGCAAUGGUUAAUAUGGCAAAGGUCACAGGAUCAUUACCAAUUAAACCAGAAUCAACUAAUGACGACUUGCCUGUGUUCGAGCCGACAGGAAUGUUUGUUCGAAUAACUUCCGGUGGCGUAAUCCAGGUCGAAAAUUACGUAGACAACCCUAAAGAUAACUUAGCACCUUCUCGAAUUUUGGAUCUCAGUGUAGUAAAGACUUCAUACAGUGAGCAAAGUGUGGUUCUUCAGUGGACAGCAGUCGGCGAUGACUUCAACAAAGGCACUGCAACAAAAUAUGAAUUGAUGGCUGCAAGUAAUUAUUCAAAACUUUUCUACGAUUUCGCGAAUUCAAGAUUGGUAACGAAUGAUGAUCUAAUUCUGGGAAAUAUGUCUAUAAUAAGCCCCGCCGGCACCAGAGAAACCGUCACCAUAAGAGUUCCAACGCGUGGAGAGGAUGCGACAUAUUUCUUUGCUAUUCGUGCCCACGACGAGUCAGAUAAUUACGGAGAGGUUUCCAAUAUUGUUUCUGCAAACAUGGAAUAUAUUCCACCAAUUCCUGCCGAAAAUCAAGAUCCUGAGAAGCGCAUAGCACUCUGGGCCACUCUAGGUACAUUAGGAAUCGCUAUUUUCGCUGGAAUCAUAUUUGCAUUCUUCCGAAGCAGUAAACAAAAGAAAAACAAACUAAAUAAAGUAGAACAUUCUGACAACGUGAACAACCGAAUGGACAAUGUAACGUAUUGUGAACCUUAGUAAUAUGUUCUUAUUCUAUAGAAAUCUUUGGUAGACUUAAAAUAGAUAAUUUGGUUUUGGUCGACUUAUAAUGCUAUUUCAACUUUUGAAAGAAAAUCAAUGAUCCUUGAAAAGAUAUAGGCCUAUUACCAUAUUAUAAGUAUUAUUUAAAAUAAAAUAGUUUACAAUCUAAGGUACCUGAGGUCCUAAUGAAGAUCAAUAUAUCUACGUAGGCCUUUAAUAAUAUACUAUUAUUUUUAUAUCUUGAAGAUUUGACAACCACUAUCAAGUUGACAACCACUAUCAAAAUAUUAAUAUUAAUCUAAAAAAGGAUGGUGUAAAAACCGGUGCUUAUCUUCAUUAUUGGAGCGCUCAACUUGUCAUUUCUCACAAGACAUAGCCUAGUAAUAGUAUACUGUAAUUAAAAUGAAAAAAAAAAAUGUAUACUUCUUUGUUUAAGUGGUAUUUGCAACACUGUAAAUUUAGCAAACUACUAGUAUGUUUUUUUUAUCUAAGUUAACGCUUUUUAAUAAUAUUAAUGUUAUUGUUUAAAAAAUAAAAUUAUAAAAAUUAUCUAUAUUUUAUUUGAGACUGGAUUUUGUAAGAAAAUAAAAUAUUGGAACAAAGGGCUAGUUGACUGAUCAUAAAAUAAAGAAGAAAAAGUAGUUUUUAAAAUUUGGAUUUUCUAUUGGCCGCCUAUAUGUUAUUUUUUAAAGUAAUUGUUACCGAGCCCUUGAAUACUAUGUCAAAUAAAAAGAUAACAUAUUUUUAUAUUAAUCAUUAAAAAAAUAGAAAUUCUCAUAGGCCUACACUUUACAAACCGAUUUCGUCUCGCAUGGAUAUGUAUGCAACAUGAAAGUACUAGUGUAUUGUGCAUAUUUCCUUGUCACUAUUUUGUUUUGGCAUAUGUUCUUGGAGUAGUAACAAAAUAACUUCGACGAUUAGUAGAUAAGAAACGUGCUUAUCGCUAUAAAUAAAGAAAACCAGCAGAUUAUUAGUACCAUAAAAGUUAGUGAGAUUUGUAUUUUGAAAAAGAAUUGAUUGGGGAUUGAGUUUUGUCAAUGCUACCACAAACAGAAUAAGAUUUUUAUGGUAUUAUAUAUGUGUAUAUAAUAUAUAUAUAUAUAUAUAUAUAUAUAUAUAUAUAUAUUACUUCAAAAUCUAUGUGCGUGGGUACAAUGACGUCACUGUCGUAACGUCAUUGUACCCACGCACCGGAUCUAAUAUCAAUGUUACAAGUCCCAUAUGCACACAUUCAUAGCCAUAUAUUCAGAAACGUUCAAACAACGAAUGCGUCGGAGUUAACACGUUAUUACAUAUUGCUUAUUGAUACUUUAUUACUUAAUCGCCAACACUUAAUUCUGAAUCUUAUUGGCUACAUUAUUGAUGGUUUCUCAUUGGUUAAUUUUAUGUAACACUUCUGGAAUAUAUAUUUGUAAUAUUGGAAUCCUUAUUCAUUCCUGAUGAUGAUCUAAUAAAAGAUCGAAAUAUUAAA